AUGGACGACGACGACGGCAGCCUAGGCAUUCGGAAUUGGGGCUUCUACGACACUGUGAAAGGCAACCUCGGCCUGCAGCCCAUGUCGUCCGUGCCACCUGACCGGGACACAAAGUCACUGCUCCCGAACGGUGCCUUCUUGCAGCACCAUGGACACCACAACGCCACGCACCAGCUCCACAUGCAGCACUCGCAGCAUUCCCGUGGCCCCGCUGGUGGUCGAGCCUCUGUUGGCAUGCCUGCCGAAUCGCAACCUAUUCACAUGGACUUCUCACGCAAUGAAGCUUGGUUGCACCAGUUGCACCACCAACGUCCUCCUGAGCAGAAGGUCCUUCAUUCUCGCCCUAUCGGACCAGCUGGGCAUGUUGGGCAUCCAGGCCAUGGUGGCCAUCCUGCGCAUGGUGGACAUAUUGUGCAUCACCAUCCUACUGGCUAUGGGAUGAUAUCAGAUGCACAGCAUACUCUCCAGAUGAUGCAACCACCGCUUGAGUCACAGCUUCAGGAGCCUCCUCCAUGCAAGGAAGAGGAAGCGCCACCUCCGCUGGUUGAGGAUCACUCUGUGCCUGUGGUUAGUACCGGGCCACCUCUGAAAAAGAGGCAGCGGGGCCGGCAGCAGAAUCGGCAGCCUAAGUCACCAAAGCCUAAGAAGCCUAAGAAGCCUAAGAAGGCUGCUGUUCCACUGGAGGAUGGAGCACCCAAUGGGCAUGCGCCCCGAAGGAGGGGACCUAAGAAGACUGUGGGGAUGGUGAUUAAUGGUAUUGAGCUGGACCUUGCCAACAUACCAACACCAGUUUGCUCGUGCACCGGAGCUCCCCAGCAAUGCUACCGGUGGGGUGCGGGUGGCUGGCAGUCUGCAUGCUGCACAACUUCUAUAUCAACGUAUCCACUGCCAAUGAGCACAAAGCGCCGGGGCGCACGUAUUUCUGGAAGGAAGAUGAGCCAAGGUGCAUUCAAAAAGGUGCUUGAGAAGCUGGCUGGUGAAGGGUACAACCUUGCUAAUCCAAUUGACUUGAAGACGUUUUGGGCUAAGCACGGCACAAAUAAGUUUGUAACAAUCAGGUAA